AAAAAUGUAAUCACUAACCAUUUUAUCUUCUUCUCCGUCUCGUCUCGUCUCGUCUCUGUUUCCAAAACCCAAAGGAAAUCUCCGAAACCAUUUGAAGCAGAGAGAAAACAAUGAAUUCAGCGCUAAUGCUACGUCGUUUCAUCUGCGUCAACGCUUCCGCAACUCUUUCUUCCGUAGCUCCAUCUCCUAGGAAGAAGCCUCUCAUCUUCUUAGGCUCUCCUCAAGUUUCCGUGACAGUACUCGAAGCUCUUCUCGACGCAUCUUCCGCACCAAACUCUUCCUUCGAGGUUGCAGGAAUUGUCACACAGCCUCCGGCGAGAAGAGACAGGGGGAGAAAAGUGUUGCCUUCUCCAGUAGCGCAAUACGCUUUAGAAAAGGGUUUACCUUCUGAUCUCAUCUUCUCCCCUGAGAAGGCGGGAGAUGAAGCGUUCUUAUCCAGUUUAAGAGAUUUGCAACCUGAGCUUUGUGUUACAGCUGCUUAUGGGAAUAUUUUGCCUACCAAGUUCCUUAAUAUCCCACUACAUGGGACAGUGAAUAUACAUCCUAGUUUGCUGCCACUGUACCGUGGUGCUGCUCCAGUGCAAAGAGCAUUGCAGGAUGGUGUUGAAGAAACAGGAGUGUCAGUAGCAUUUACGGUGCGGAAGCUUGAUGCAGGGGCAGUGAUUGCCUCUAAGAGUUUCCAAGUAGAUGAUCAAAUAAAGGCACCAGAACUACUCUCGUUAUUGUUUUCUGAAGGGUCUAAGCUUCUUAUCCGUGAACUUCCAUCGAUAUUUGAUGGGUCAGCAAAAUCAAAAGCAGUUCUUCAGGAUGAUUCUAAAGCUACCUUAGCUCCAAAGAUAGCUCCUGAUGAGGCUUGGCUUUCUUUUGACCAGGAAGCUUUUGUUCUACAUAACAAGGUUCGUGCAUUCGCAGGAUGGCCGGGAACACGAGCUAAAGUCUUGGUUCUCGAUGACAAAAGCGGUCAGCAAAACGAGCUAGAGCUUAAGAUCAUCACCACUCGAAUAUGUCAAAGUACAGAAGUCCUGAACGGUGAGCAAGAUUAUGUAACUUUCAAGAAAUGUUCGUUGGUGUUUCCUUGUGGAGGAGGCACAGCUUUGGAGGUAGUUGAAGUCCAACUUCCUGGGAAAAAAGCGAUCAAUGCAACUGCUUUUUGGAAUGGCUUGAGAGGUCAAAAGCUGAAGAAGCUAUGAAGACAGAGACUGAAGUUUGCUUCUAAAUGUCAAAUUAGUUCAUUUCUUUUGUCACAUUCUAAUUUUAAAUGACUAAUAUCCCCACAUUCUUUGGUGUAAUUCUAUAUAUUCUCUUCUCGAGGAAGAAGACUUUUAAGAUCUGAAAUAAACAAAUUCUACAUACUUUUGCACUAA